GCAGAGUCUCACCGACUCCACCAGGAACCGUCUCACAGCUUCAACACUUCGACCCUGGACCCUCCUCCUCCUCCUCCUCCUCUUCCUCCUCCUCCUCCUCCGCCGCUGCGGCUCAUGGAGGAUCCGUCUGUCCGCAGCCCGUAGAGAGACACCAGCCGGGGGGACUCCAACUGAAGACAAGCCGCAGACAUGAGCUUUUUCUCCGGAGGCGGAGCGGCGCUGCUGCUGCUGCUGCUGCUCGGCCGCUGCUGCUGCACCAGUCCCGGCAGGAGAGUGUGUCAGGGGAUGAGUAACCAGCUGACGUUGUUGGGGACUCGUGAAAAUCACUACGACAACAUGGUGCGGAUGUACUCCAACUGCUCCGUCGUCAUGGAGAACCUGGAGGUCACCUACGCUCUGGAGCACCAGGACCUGUCCUUCCUCCAGUCUAUACAGGAAGUCAGCGGCUACGUCCUGAUCGCCAUGAACGAGGCCGCGACCGUCCCGUUGGUCAAUCUGAGGCUGAUCCGAGGUCAGAACCUCUACGAAGGCCAGUUCGCUCUGCUGGUCAUGUCCAACUACAACAGGAACCUGUCGUCUGCAACGCUCAACUACACCAGCGGCCUGAGACAGCUGCAGCUCAGCAGCCUGACCGAGGUCCUGAAAGGAGGGGUGAAGAUGACCCACAAUCCUUUGCUGUGUAACACUGAGACCAUCCAGUGGUGGGACAUCCUGGACAAAAACAGCAAUCCCAUGAUGCUUUUCAAGAUGGACACAUUUGCCCGUCAAUGUGAGAAGUGUGACCCGGGGUGUGUUAACGGUUCGUGUUGGGCGGCAGGACCGGAUCACUGUCAGAGAUUCACGAAGUCUCAGUGUGCGGAGCAGUGCAGCGGGAGGUGUCGGGGGCCCAAACCCAGCGACUGCUGCAACGAACACUGUGCUGCCGGCUGCACUGGACCCCGAGCCACCGACUGCCUGGCCUGCAGGGACUUUAAUGACGACGGGACGUGUAAAGAUACUUGUCCUCCGCUGAAACUCUACGACCCCAAAACUCACCAGGUGGUCAACAACCCCAACGCCAAGUUCACCUUCGGGGCAACCUGCGUCAAGGCCUGCCCACAUAACUACGUGGUGACGGACGGCUCAUGUGUUCGAACCUGCGGCGCCGGAAUGUACGAGGUGGAGGAGAACGGAGUCCAACGCUGCAAAGCUUGUGAUGGACCCUGUCCCAAAGCCUGUGACGGAGUCGGGGUCGGCUCUCUGAUCAAAACCAUGGCAGUGAACGCCUCCAACAUCGAAUCCUUCAGGAACUGCACUAAAAUCAACGGGGACAUCUCGCUCAUUGAAACCUCGUUCACCGGGGACGCACACUAUAAAAUCCCGCCCAUGGCCCCGGAGAAGCUGGAGUACUUCAGGACAGUGAGGGAGAUCACCGGGUUCCUGCUGAUCCAGUCCUGGCCGGAGAAUCUGACCUCGCUGUCGGUGUUCGAGAACCUGGAGAUCAUCCGAGGGAGAACGACGCGCUCUCUCCACAGUCUGGCGGUGGUGAGAGCGAAGCACCUGCGCUGGCUGGGUCUGCGCUCUCUGAAGGAGGUGAGCGCUGGGAAGGUGAUGCUGAAGGACAACCCUCAGCUCUGCUACGCCCAACGCGAGCUGUGGCUCCGCCUCUUCCGAUCCGCCGACCAGACCAUCAGCGUACGCAACAACGCUCCCGUCGACGACUGCGAACAGCAGAAUCGAACCUGUGACGAGCAGUGCACAGCCGGGGGCUGCUGGGGGCCAGGUCCGACCAUGUGUGUCUCCUGUCGCCACUUUGACCGUAGGGGGCGCUGUGUGCCGUUCUGUCACCUGCUGCAGGGUGAACCCAGAGAGGUUGAGGUGAACAGCAGCUGCGUCGAGUGUCACCCGGAGUGUCUGCUGAAGACCGGGAUCCCGACCUGCCGCGGGCCGGGUCCGGACCAGUGUUCCCAGUGCGCCCAUUUUAAAGACGGCCCUCACUGCGUGUGGCGCUGUCCCCACGGUUUCCCGGGAGACGGAGACACGCUGAUCUGGAAAUACCCCGACAGCACGGGCCAGUGCCAGUCCUGCCACCAGAACUGCACCCAGGGGUGUUCAGGUCCUGGACUGUCGGGAUGCACAGGGGCCGCCACACACUCCACGUUGGCGGCGGGUGUGGUUGGCGGGCUCUUGGUCGCCGUCAUCGUGUCGUUGGUCAUCUUUGUGUUGCUACGGCGACGGCGAAUCAGGAGGAAGAGGACACUGCGGCGACUGCUGCAGGAGAGAGAGCUGGUGGAGCCGCUGACUCCGAGCGGUGAAGCUCCCAACCAGGCGCUGCUCAGGAUCCUGAAGGAGACGGAGUUUAAGAAGGUCCGGGUGCUCGGCUCCGGGGCCUUUGGGACCGUCUUCAAGGGUCUGUGGAUCCCUGAGGGAGAGAACGUGAAGAUCCCAGUAGCCAUCAAAGUUCUCAGAGAGGCCACAUCACCUAAAGCCAACCAAGAAAUCCUGGAUGAGGCGUAUGUAAUGGCGAGCGUGGAUCACCCUCACGUGUGUCGUCUGCUGGGAAUCUGCCUGACGUCGUCGGUCCAGCUGGUGACUCAGCUGAUGCCGUACGGCUGCUUGCUGGACUACGUCCGGCACCACAGGGACCACGUCGGCGCCCAGUGGCUGCUCAACUGGUGUGUCCAGAUCGCCAAGGGGAUGAGCUACCUGGAGGAUCGGCACCUGGUGCAUCGAGACCUGGCGGCGAGGAACGUCCUGGUGAAAACUCCUAACCACGUCAAGAUCACAGACUUCGGCCUCGCCAAGCUGCUGACGGCUGAUGAGAAGGAGUAUCACGCUGACGGAGGAAAGGUUCCCAUUAAGUGGAUGGCGUUGGAGUCGAUCCUCCAGUGGACGUACACACAUCAGAGUGACGUCUGGAGCUACGGUGUGACCGUGUGGGAGCUGAUGACGUUCGGCUCCAAGCCGUACGACGGUAUCCCGGCCAGUGAGAUCGCCUCGGUGCUGGAGAGAGGAGACCGGCUGCCGCAGCCGCCCAUCUGCACCAUCGACGUCUACAUGAUCAUGGUCAAAUGUUGGAUGAUCGAGCCGUCCAGUCGCCCCCGGUUCAGAGAGCUGAUAGUGGAGUUCUCUAAAAUGGCCAGAGACCCGUCCAGAUACCUGGUCAUACAGGGUGACCUUCCCAGUCCGUCAGACAGCAGGUUUUACUCUCGCCUGCUGAGCUCAGACGACACGGAGGGUGUGGUCGACGGUGAAGAAUACCUGCUCCCUUACAAAGGAGUGGGUAACCAUGACAACCAUCCCUGCAAUGCCACGAACGGUCAUCCAGUCAGAGAGAACAGCAUCGCUCUGCGAUACAUCACUGACCCAACUCACAACGCGCUGGAUAAGGAAGACUUCCCCAGCCAUGAGUACAUGAACCAGAGUGUGAGUGACACCAGCCGGAGCAGCAGACUGUCUGAGGUUUUGAAUCCCAACUAUGAGGACCUCAGCCUGAGCUGGGGCGCCGCCUCACUUUCCUUCCCACAGGCGGAUCUGAAGCCCUCAAGCCGAGUUCCCGAGGGACCAGAAUACCUGAACACCGCCCAGAACUCACUUCCCCUGCCCAUCGGCGACAGCCUCGACAACCCCGACUACCAGGCCGACUUCCUGCCCCAGGCCGCCACAGCUACUUCUUUAAGCGGUAACGGUGUGUUCCUCCCGGCAGCGGAGAACCUGGAGUACCUGGGUCUGGGAGCUGCACUGCACGCACCUGUCCGCUAGAGGGCGGCAACCUUCAGACAUGCAAACUGAAGCUGUGGCCUCCUUUGAUUCAGGCUGCUGACAGUAUUUAAUUUAGCUUUUUGAACUGUUGAUUUGUUCAGGAAAACGCUGACUCAUCACAUUCUGCAGCUACACUGGAACUGAACCUGCGCACCAUGUGUUGCUCAACGGCACUGAGACAGCUGUUGGUGAGGAAGCCCAGAGCCAGACUCUUUCCUUCUGCUCACAAACCGGACGUUUCCUUCAACUUUUAAGUUGCUGCAUGAACUUGUUGGGGGAACGCCACGGAAACCAAACAGCUGUCGAGACGCAACUUUCUCAACAAAACCCACAGAAACGUUGUUCUCCACAACAACGUCGUUAAUCAGCUGCCGGAGGAUCCAGACACAAACGGAGGCGUAAAAACACAUGAAAUCCCUGUUUUCAUCUUUCCUCUGCAUCCUUCCCUCAGUUUGUGCAUGAGCAGGUUUGUUGAACAGGAGCAUGAUGGAAAUAAAAUAAGGACGUUGUUUUAAGGAAUAAAAAGACGUUUGCAAAUGUUCACAGGUUUAAAAAUGUGCAGAAAGUUUUUUUUGCAAUUAGCAUUUUAUAAUUAUAAUUAUCACAGAAAAAACGACAUGAUUUCCAACUCAUAAUUCACAUGUAAGAAUAGUUUUGAUAAUAAUAAAGAGUGCAUCAGGAGCACGGUGGCGCCCCCAGCUGGUGGCGUGGAGGCUCUGCAGCACGUCCUCCAGAUCUCUGCAGCGCCACAGCAACAGCUGGAGUUACGUUUUUAAACAUCUGUGCUACAGAUUCAUUUUGCUGUUGCCAUGACAAAAAAACAUUUGCUCAGUUUCUUGUUAUAACAAGUUCCAAGAGAAAGUGUUUAGCAUGUUUAAUCAGUAUAUAAGCAUUUAACAAAAGGUUUUAACACACGAUGAUGCUGUUGUAAGCAGCUUGUUUAAGUAUUUAAGUAUUUCUUAAUGUUCACUCUUUGUUUAUAAAGACAUUUUCUGUUAUUACA